AGUUACCGAAGACACUGAAGAUACCAGAGGAACUGAAGUUUUUGAAGCUGUCGGGAGAUACGCACCUUCGUUCUUUCUGCAUCCUGGUAUUGUCGCUGCGAGGCUGAAUUAUGGCUUCUACUAGUCAACCUCCCCCAGGUGGGGAUGGAGGAGGCGGUGAUGGAGGACUUGGCGGACGACGGAAUGCACCACAGUGCUAUUCUUGCAAGCACUACGGUCACUUCGCACGUGACUGUGGUUUGUUUUGGAAGGAAGAAAAGGAGAAAGUUGACCGUAGGCGACUGCCAGAUACGGACGACAGACUUGUGGAGAAUCGCGCACGAUCCGCUUCGCCUCGCCGGAAUCGGUGGGAUGCUCCUAGAAGAUUGCCGUCUGCUGACCGUUAUGUUCCACGGUACGAACCACCGAAGGAAAAAGACACCGUGGGUGCACUAGUGGCGAUGUUACUAGAUAAAGAGGCAGCAAAGGAAGAAAAACGGAAGGAGAAGGAAGAACUUAGGAAACAGCGGAGAGAGGCGCUGGAGAAAGAGGAAAAGGCGAGACGCAAGAGAGAGAAGAGGGAAUGUGAAAUACGCGAGAAUGAACUGAGUAUCGCCAGGAUCAUCGACAUGCAGUUUUCAAGGAGAUGGGGCGUCGGACGUCAAGAACGAGGCGACGAACAGAAACGCGAUCGUAUGAAGAAGAAAAGGACUUUGCAGCGGAAGCUGCGACGGCCGCACCCUGAAGAUCUCAAUACCGAGGACGAAGUAGCUGAGAUUCAAGUCGCGACGGAAAGUAUGGCGAUCAGCUCCGCUACCUCGGAGGAUGAGGAAAUAUUGUCACCGGUUAUCACUCCGCUCACGCGUACCGCUCGCAAGAUGUACGGAUCAGCGAAAGGGAGAGGUCGACCUCGGCUCCCGCUUGCACCCCGUAACAUUACGAAGGAGAUCGUUCCAGAAGUGAGACCGGAUGCGAGGGCACACUUCAUCCGGAAUACGAAGGAGCAACUUGAGACCUUGGACUACAAGGAAGUGAAAGAGAUUUGCAGGCGAGAGCAAGUACCGUAUAUCCGUAAGCAACAAGCUAUUACAGAUAUUGCCGAGCGACGGGCAGCUAAGGUCGUCGACCAUCGUAAGGCUUCUCCAGCUGCACCAAAUUCAGUGGCUACUUCGGUAAGUAGCUCGGACACAGCUUCCUCGUCUACGGAGGCGUCUGAGGAAGACGGCGAAAGUGAUGCUUGAAGAAACUGGCCGAUUAAGCGCCUUUGGGGAUUGUGUCGUAGUCUCAUCCGUGAUCGUAAGCAAUCUGUGGGAGUAAACUCGGAUUUAGAGG